AAUAAUGCUAUCAACAAAGCUAAAAACAAAACAGAGUGGUGACUUGAAGACAUUCAUUAAAAAUGUCUGUCAGGAAUUGGUGAUAAAAUGGUCAUUUCCCAGGAUGCUCUUGGUGCUUUCAUGAUCCUGAACAACGCAGACCAGGAACAGUUUGCUCACUGGCUCACACAGUGUGUGAAGGACAUGGCAAACACUCUUGGAGAGAAGUUUAAACACACUAACAUCCAAAUGAAACUAAAAAAACUUCACGUGAAUCCUCAGAACGAGCUUUUCACCAAACUGAUUGGGUGUGGUAAUCAGUGUCCAUUCUGCAAAGCGCCUUGUGAGGCAGGAGGAAGAUUCCACACUGAGCACUGGACUUCACUACAUCGGCCAGAGGGUCUGGGUAGAUUCAGGUGGCGUGAGACACAAAAACUUGUAAUUGACGUAUGCUCUUCCUCGGUGCUCAGUGACAAGAAUUUUCGCUGCAAUGCUACAAAUGGUGAAUGGCACCCUUACAAGCGUUACACCGAUUUUUUCCCAGACUGGGAGAAUGCUCCAGAUGCAAGUCUUCAGGCGUCGGACUACUGGAAAUAUGUACUGAAAAAAUUCAACAAGAGGUUUGCUGAAGCAUAUGAUGCAAAGCCGGCUGAUAUCCUUUCAUUGUGGCACAUAUCACUCGAGCAAGCAAAAGCAAGCAUCAAAGAGUCAUUUAACAUCAAGUAAGAGACUACAUGCUUUGUGAUUACAGAGAUGCACAUAUCUUCUG